AUGAAGGAUAAAGAGACGACCUCAAUAAAAUCUCUCUCACAAUCCACUCGUCCCUACCCCAGUACCCCUCGUCCUGCAACCCAAUCCACCCACUCGGGACCAAAGUAUUUCCCUCCAAAUACCCUCCCCGACGACGACGAUAUGGACCAAAUUCCUAACUUCCUACCACCUCCCCCAUCUCCAACAACUUCGCGAUCCCCCCCAGACACACCGACACCCACGCCUUGUGAACUCCAAGAGAGACCCCCUCCCACCGAGCUCCUUCUUGCUCAGGAGAGUCGUACCAGCACCAGACCGGAAACCGCUGUCAUAACACAUAGCGAACUAGCAGACUCCAUCCAUGCACCCCAUAACACCCAGGAUGACCAACCCAUGAGCGCGCCAGUCAGCCCAACAGCCCCACAUGCAACGACACCAGAAGAAGAAUCCAUCCUCGCUCACUUAGCCCUCGCGGAAAAGAAUAGAUCCGUUCUACGCCAAGACGGCCCCAACCACCGAACCACUCUCCCCCAAUUCACACCUACCCCCAUCGGAGGCUUCCCUAAAAUCCACAUGUCGCAUUCCGCUCAGAUCUUCGAUCACCUAGAAAACAGAGUCUUACUCGCCUGGUUCCAGGUUCAACACCCGAAAUUCAUGGUCCGUGUCUUCGACCACUCGGGAAGAGAAGUCUUCGAAAAAGCCGCAAUCAUUGCUGAAAGGAUCCGUGCGAACAUCGCUAUCAUAGCAAACUUUGUACACCAAGGCGCACCCCCAGUACGAGUCUCUCCCCCACAACCCCAGGGCGGUAGAGACUCCAAAGACUUUCCCACCGGCUUCCUAGUUCACAACGUAUCCGAAGAAACCAGAAACAUUAUCCUUGACCAACGUAUCUGGGCCGCCACUGAUAUCACAUUCGAAGCUCUCCCAUUCGGCUGUCCCCACCCCCCAGAAUUACUAUUCUGCCUCUCCGGCUUCACUACAUCCAAUACCGAAAUCAUCGGGAAAACAGUUGCGGACGUCUGGGCACAUGAAGAAAACAGACACCGGAUAAACGACAUCUUCUCAAUGAGUGAAAUCAAGGAAGAAGAGCACGUCUAUAAAGCCACGCGGGACUUAAUCAGAUCCGUCCGCGUCGAACAUCUGGAUUUCAAGAUCACGGGGGGACUCUCGGUUCCGCGUUUCAAUAUAUUCGCGGUCAGCCCCUCCAACGAUGCGAAGACAUGGACCGACCUCAGAGGUUUCCUACACAUCCUAGACUACCCAACGGGCCUAGACGGAUGCGGGGUAGCUGUAGCGUUAUCACCAUGCCCAAUCUGUCAUUCCCUCGCCCACCCACGAGGCCUGUGCCCCUUCCCCAAUGUACCUUUAUGGAACGGCCCCAAAGUAGGGAGUAGAAAUACCAUCAACGCAUCUAGACAAACCUGGUAG